AUGGAUGGGCGCGAACCGUUACUAAUUCACGGCUCUGCUUCUGCUGCCUUCCCGUUGCUUCGGUGGAUUUGUCCCGGGUCUCGUCCUUCGUCUGACCUUUUAGAUAGAAAGCCAGGUCGAGUUCUCGGCUUGUUGGCGGCACAUAUAUCUCGAGUUAUUCUUCUACUGAGAGCUGCAAGAUUGUCUGUCGUCGCGUCCAAUGUCGCCGUCAGCUCAGAUAUCGUCACCCUCGAUGUCGGUGAAGACAUGACGCUGGCAGACCUCAAGGCUGUCAUACAAAGCGAUAUCCAGAUUCCCCCGCAGUCACAGUACCUCUCCCACAAUAACCAGCCCUUGACAGACGACUCCAAGCCGCUAGGACAGAUAGGCAUAAGUGAAGGCGAUAUGCUGGGUAUGCGUAUACAAGUGCCAACACCAGGCUCUGGUCCAGGCCAGGUUAAUUCUUCACAUUCUGCGGCGGCAGGGGGAGGUGCUGGAGGUGCGCCACAACACGGUGAGUCCUCACGCGGGUCACAGGCGAUACCAGACCCAGAGACUAUACGACUGCAUAUGUUGGGUGAUCCACGGGCUCUGGCGGCAGUUAGACAGCAGAACCCACACCUUGCUUCGGCAAUAAAUGAUCCGCAGCGGUUUAGGCAGAUAAUGCUCUCCCAUCGUCGUGCUGAGGCACAGGCUGAAGCUGCAAAGGAAGCCAGAAUAGCUAUGUUGAAUGCAGAUCCAUUCAAUCUCGAUGCACAGCGAGAGAUCGAAGAGAUCAUUCGUCAGAAUGCUGUUACGGAGAACCUACACACUGCCAUGGAACACACUCCAGAAGCAUUUGGUCGAGUAUCUAUGCUGUAUAUCCCUGUAGAGGUGAAUGGGCACAAAGUGAAGGCAUUCGUUGACUCUGGUGCACAAGUCACCAUAAUGUCACCCGAAUGUGCUUCGGCCUGCAAUAUCAUGCGAUUAAUUGAUCGACGAUAUGGGGGUAUUGCAAAGGGUGUAGGCACAGCCAGUAUCCUAGGGCGUGUCCACUGCGCCGAAAUCAAAAUCGGCGACAUGUUUCUCCCUUGUUCUUUCACGGUGAUGGACGGAAAGCACAUCGACCUCUUACUAGGCUUAGACAUGCUUAAGCGUCACCAAGCAUGCAUUGACCUGAAGGAAGGCGUACUGAAAAUCCGUGAUGAGACAGUCCCUUUCCUACACGAAGCUGAUAUACCCAAGCAUCAAGAUGAAUUUGAAAACGAGCCAAUGGUCAUGGGACGAGAUGGAGCUGUUGUCGGAGGGAGGACUGGUGCCGUGCAGCAGGCGGCUGGGGGGUUGACCAUGCCGAGACACCUACCAAGACCAGUACCGAGACCUGCACCGUCCGCUCCGCCACGUCCAUCUGUUGCCGCCACUGUCCCGCCGCCGACGUCUAAUACCCCUCCGCAGCGACCUUCCCGUUGGCCAGCUGACGCUAUUGCAAAGAUAACAGAUCUAGGAUUCACUCGAGAUGAAGCUAUACAGGCCCUUGAUGCGGCCGACGGCAACCUUGACGGUGCAAUUGGGUAUCUGAUCUAG